AUGGCCGACUUCGACCGCUUGCUCUCCGAGUACACCAACAAGGCAGAGCCAGUCGUCCAUGGUGUGCUGACGAAAUGUGUCGACAAGAAUGGAAAGGAAAUCUACAGCAAAACCGUAGGCUGGGAUUCCAUUGAAUCUGACGCCCAACCUUUGCGUGAAGAUGCUGUGCUCAAGAUGGCCAGCGCCACCAAGCUCGUGACGAGCAUAGCGAUUCUUCAAUGUAUCGAGCGAGGUCUGAUCGCCCUCGAUGAGCCAGUCACCCGCGUGCUUCCCGAGCUCGACAACCGGAACAUCAUCUCCAAAACGGAGGCCGGAGAGCUAGAGUACACUCCGGCAUCGAAAGCCAUCACACCUCGACACCUCUUAUCGCACAUGUCCGGCAUGGCUUAUCCCUUUCUCAGCCCUCUGCUUACGGCCUGGGAGGCUACCGGUGCGAAAACUUCUUCCAACAAGAUCGCCGAGAAAAUGUGCUACCCUCUUCUCUUCGAGCCCGGAGAAGGUUGGGUUUACGGCGUUGGUCUAGACUGGGCAGGACUUGCCGUAGCACGUCUCAACAACACAACACUGGAGAAUUACAUGAUUGAGAACAUCUGGAAACGUGUUGGCCGCUCGCCUCCUUUCCCGACCUUUCAUGUGUCUCACCACCCAGAAUACAAAGCCCGCUUGAUGAAAGCCGCGCAGAGAAAAUCUUCCCGCAAACUAGAGCCUUGGGACUAUGCUUACGGCGACAAUGACGAAGACGAGGAAGGCGGCCACGGAUUGGUCUUGACCAUGGCAGACUACACCGCUGUCCUAGCGGAUCUGCUUUCCGACUCCCCCAAACUGCUCAACCCUUCCACAAUCGACAUGAUGUUCGAACCGCAGCUCGCAAAAGACUCGCCAGGGAUUCCAAUGCUGAUGCAACUCAAACCAGCUUGGGACAUGGUCGCGGGGCCCGUGAAAGAAGAGUACGUCAAUCACGGUCUCGGAGGACUGCUUGUUCACGGCGGCGAGACUCCUGAGAUCGGUCAACCAGCCAAUAUCCUGUGCUGGGGAGGCGCAUCUAAUAUCGUAUGGUGGAUUUGCAGAGAGAAGGGUGUGGCAGGCUUCUUUGCUACGCAGAUUCAUCCUUUCUCGGACAGCAAGGUUAAGCAGCUUGUCAAUGCUUGGAAGAAGGAUUUUUGGUCUAACUAUCUGGGCUGA